GGGAGAGGCCCCCAUCCCGUGCUCCGCAUCCGGGCCCGCCGCUGCCGGACCAUGGGAUGUCGGCAAAGCUCAGAGGAGAAAGAGGCAGCGCGGCGGUCCCGGAGAAUCGACCGCCACCUGCGCUCGGAGAGCCAGCGGCAGCGCCGCGAGAUCAAGCUGCUCCUGCUGGGCACCAGCAACUCGGGCAAGAGCACCAUCGUCAAGCAGAUGAAGAUCAUCCACAGCGGCGGCUUCAACCUGGAGGCCUGCAAGGAGUACAAGCCCCUCAUCAUCUACAACGCCAUCGACUCGCUGACACGCAUCAUCCGGGCCCUGGCCGCCCUCAGGAUCGACUUCCACAACCCCGACCGCGCGUACGACGCCGUGCAGCUCUUCGCGCUGACGGGCCCUGCCGAGAGCAAGGGCGAGAUCACACCCGAGCUGCUGGGCGUCAUGCGGCGGCUGUGGGCCGACGCCGGGGCCCAGGCCUGCUUCAGCCGCUCCAGCGAGUACCACCUAGAGGACAACGCGGCCUACUACCUGAACGACCUGGAGCGCAUCGCCGCGCCCGACUACAUCCCCACCGUCGAGGACAUCCUGCGCUCCCGGGACAUGACCACGGGCAUCGUGGAGAACAAGUUCACCUUCAAGGAGCUCACCUUCAAGAUGGUGGACGUGGGUGGGCAGAGGUCGGAGCGCAAAAAGUGGAUCCACUGCUUCGAAGGCGUCACAGCCAUCAUUUUCUGUGUGGAGCUCAGUGGCUACGACCUGAAGCUCUACGAAGAUAACCAGACGAGUCGAAUGGCAGAGAGCCUGCGGCUUUUUGACUCCAUCUGCAACAACAACUGGUUCAUCAACACCUCGCUCAUCCUCUUCCUGAACAAGAAGGACCUGCUGGCGGAGAAGAUCCGGCGCAUCCCGCUCACCAUCUGCUUCCCCGAGUACAAGGGCCAGAACACGUACGAGGAGGCCGCUGUCUACAUCCAGCGGCAGUUUGAGGACCUGAAUCGCAACAAGGAGACCAAGGAGAUCUACUCUCACUUCACCUGCGCCACCGACACCAGUAACAUCCAGUUUGUCUUUGAUGCGGUGACAGACGUCAUCAUACAGAACAAUCUCAAGUACAUUGGCCUUUGCUGAGCAGCGGCCGGGCCCGCUUGCCUGUGGUGAAAACACGGGGCGUCACGCCCCAACUCAUGCUAGAGCGGCCCACCCGGGGGCAGAAAACGGGGGUCUAUGGAAUGCCCCCCACCCCUUGGCCUCCACCUCCUUGGCCCCAUGU